CAGCAGCAGCACACCUUCCCACGUCACGGAGCAGGGAGACGCUCCUCUGCGACUGCCCCCUCAUUCUCGUCCGUGUGGCCUGAGUGUGAGCCGCCUGUAUCCUCUCCUCUCCAGCCUGCCGGUUUGUCUGUGUGCGUGCGUGCGUGCGUGUGUAAUUAGUGUGUGUGUGUGUUCAUCCAUGCCCGCCGUGUAAACCCUCUCCGUCCGCAGUCUUCCGCCGUCUUAACUGGACCCCAGCGCCGUGGAAUGAGUUUUAUCAACAGCCUUAGGCGCAGCGUGAAGAAAAAUGACAGCAAAAAGGACGUCAUGAAGGCACAAGACAUCCCUGACAGCCCAAACUCCCCGAGCCAGUUGGCUGUCAUAAAUAAUCCAGGCAUGGAUCCCAUCAUCACAGACUUCAAGUUACAGCUGCAGGACAACAAAGAUGGACUGCAAUCAACAAAUCCAUCAAAUGAAUGCUCGCGGUCAGACCUGACGCUGGCCCUGGAGGACUGCAUGACCGCCCUGGAUCUGUUCCUCAGGAAUGACUUUGAGGAGGCACAAGCCCGGCUCAGAUGCAGAACCAAAGACAGCAUGUACCACGCUCUGACCUAUGCCACUAUACUGGAAAUGCAGGCCAUGAUGACCUUUGACCCGCAGCACAUUCUGGUCGCGGGGAACACCAUGAAGGAGGCGCAGGCCAUCUGUCAGCGGAACCGGAAGAAGUCAACAUUCUCCAAAAGCUUUACAGAAGAGGAACUCCACGCUGAGGUGUGUUACGCCGAAUGUCUCCUGCAGAGGGCAGCACUCACCUUCCUUCAGGAUGAAAACAUGAUCAGUUUCAUCAAAGGGGGAAUCAAAGUGAGGAAUAGCUACCAGACUUACAAAGAGCUUCACACUGUCCUCCAGUCCACUGGAUACACUCAUGGUGACAACCACGGCCAUUUUGAGGGCGGCGUUAAGCUGGGAGUAGGAGCCUUCAAUCUAAUGAUUUCCAUGUUGCCCACACGCACGCUCAAGCUGCUGGAGUUUGUCGGUUUCUCUGGUAAUAAGGAUUUUGGUCUCCAGCAGCUCCAGGAGGGCUCUGCAGAAAGCACAUUCAGGUCCUUCCUGUGUAACAUGCUGCUGCUCUGUUAUCACACAUUCAUGAGCUUUAUUUUAGGCACCGGAGAAGGAGAUGUUGAAGAUGCAGAGAAACUGCUGCAGCCAUAUCUCAAGAAAUAUCCUAAGGGAUCCAUCUUUUUGUUCUUUGCUGGUCGAAUAGAAGAGAUUAAAGGCAACCUGGAUGCUGCUAUAAAGCGUUUUGAGGAGUGCUGUGAGGCUCAGCAGCAGUGGAAGCAGUUCCACCACAUGUGCUACUGGGAGUUGAUGUGGUGCUUCACAUACAAAAGACACUGGAAGAUGGCCUACUUCUAUGCUGACCUGCUCAGCAAGGAGAACUCAUGGUCCAAGGCUACCUAUGCGUAUAUGAAAGCAGCCUACCUCAGCAUGCUGAGUCAGGAUGAUUGCCUAACCUUCGGGGAAACUGCCCUAACUCUGUUCAGGCAGGUACCAGGGCUAAAGCAGAAAAUAGCUGGAAAAUCUUUACCAACAGAGAAGUUUGCCAUCAGGAAAGCCCGUCGCUACUUUGAGGAAAAACCAGUUCCUCUUCCAGCUCCUCCACUGGAGAUGAUGUACAUCUGGAACGGCUAUACAGUCAUUGGCAAACACAAAGACCUAACAGAGGGCAUGCUGAAAACACUGGACGAGGCACAGGCAAAACUUGAAAACGCCCCAAGAACAGAGUUCUCCAUAGAUGACCAGUGUCUGCUGAGCCUCCUGAAGGGUCUCUGUCUCAAACAUCUGGGGCACCAAGAGGAAGCUGAACACUACUUCACACUUGUUCUUUGCAACGAGACUCAGAUCAAGUAUGACCACUACCUGGUUCCUAAUGCCCUGCUGGAACACGGGCUGCUGUGCCUGCAGCAAGGGAGAAAAGAUGAAGCUAUUAAACUCCUGGAAUCAGCGAAGCAAAAUUACAAAAACUACUCGAUGGAGUCGCGGACACACUUCCGUAUACAAGCUGCUUUGCACAAGGCCAAGGGCACCGGGGAGAAUGGCAUUCAUGUGCCCUCCAGUCCAUAACAGACAGAGGAGGGCACACUAGAGCAGAGACAGCUUGCUGUUUCUGCUGUCCCACAAUACACCACUAAGACCAGCUCAACCCCGCCUAUUAUGGCGGGAGAUUUGUUUUUCUCGUCAAGAUGGUAGGAGAAGAGGAAGACAUAUUUUUCCUGUGUGUGCCAUCCUUACAGGCAACUGCAGCUCUAUGUGCCCCUGACUGGUUUAGGUGGAUUUGCUUCGCCCUCUUUGAGAGAUAUAUAAUAAUGAACCUCAAUUCCGUGUGUUUGAUUUAAAAUAGAGACUAAUUAAAAACAUGUGCCUAUAUUUAUGAAACAUUGCUUCGAGCAGGCUUAUUUGCCUUGCAUUGUGCUGACUUAUGAAGGGCAAACUAGAGUAGAAAACAAAGUCCGAUUUGUGUGCUGCAGUUUGCCUCCACCACUACUCCUGGAUACAAUGUGCUCAUUGUAGAGUUGUGGAGUUGGACCACACAAUCUUCAUAUAAAGGACUGACACUAAUUCCAGGACCAUUUGACCUGUAUGCUACAAAGCACUCCCACUAUUUGUGUGUAAUGUAAAUUGGAGACUAUUAAUAAAGUGUGACAUAAUUAUGUGUUUGCAUAAUUUGACAGAUUCCUCAAACAACUCAUGAGGAUCUUUUUUAAAGUGCCAUUGAUCAGAACCAUUGUAUCCAAAUAAGAUAACAUCUCUCAAUGUUCAAGCUGGCGUUUUACAUAAUCAUCGGUUUAUUUAGAUUAUUUAGAUUUAUUUGAGCAUUCUUAGCAUUUUCCUUCUGUCACUACUACAUAUUGACACUAUUUUAUUCUUGCGGAAUACUCUUACAGUUUCCUUUCGAAGAAAUGAUAAAAUCUAAAAUCCUGAUGUAUUUACUUACAUUUUGUGGCAUUUGCACAGAGCUUUGUAAACCAGCCAGGCAUGCAAACUUUCCUGGGUCAAAAAAAACAUGCUUGUAAGACUUGCAGUGAGAGUUGUUCUUUGCAUUUAUAUACUGUAGAUGGCACCUUUUACACAAAUUGUCCCGUUUUAAGAGGACAGAUGAAUGUGUCUUUUAGAAAGGCAGACUCCCUUCUUUUUUCCUCCUGGUGUGUAGGACGUACUCCAGCACUACUUGAGCUCGAACAAAACCGGCCAUUCACAGUGAGCAGCGAAGGCCUGCGUGCUUGUCUGUCUGCUGCAUCUUUAGUAGGUGAAGAAUCUCUCACAGUAUGUGAACUUCCUCUGCUGCUCCUGUGUCAGCCAUGCUCACCUAGAACCACCCACAGAAACAUUUGAAUGUUAUAACUUAACUACAUACUGUAUAAAAAUAGUAAUCUGUAUACGAACAAAUAGGAGUCAACUUUUCCGUGGUUGGUGGUUAGGUUUUCGGAGAUGCAGCUUACUUGCAAGCGGGCGUUCAAAAUGUAGAAACUAAGAUGGUGUCUCAAGUGUUGGAAUUUGAAUACUGCUGAUUUAUUCAUGAUUAGAAUGAGGUUUGGGAUUCAAGAUGAAGACCGGGAAGAAUAGGAGUCAGUUUCAAGUUGUUUUUUUAAUGGUGGAAGACAUGUAUUCAUAUUAUUAUUCUAACAGCCGUUACUUUCCUGAAUAUUUCGAUAGCAAAUCGCUUUCCUAUAAUUAAUGAAGCUUAUUUUUCUUGCCCUUUGGUUUUACUCUUAUAAGCUUCUAUCUAAACUGAGUGGCGUUGUGAUGUUUACAGUCUGCAUAUUUUACUGGGCAUGGCUACCACUAUGCAGAAUGACAUUCCUGUACAUACUGAAUGUUUCUGUUGUAAUUUAAGAUGAAAUGAUGAUAAGUCACAAAAACA